UCCUCAUUCAUCCUCCUCCCAUCGAAAGCAUCCAACCUUUCGCUGCGCAUCUCUAUCUUGUCUGUCGUGGUUCGUCCAAGACAGCUCUAGAUAGACUGGUACUCAGGUGGAAUAUCACCCCACCCUCGAGUCUGAUCAGUACGCUGCGGCGUUACCUAACAACAAGAAAAAACUUCAGUUAAUCAGCUUUUUGAAGCAACACCGCCACCAUGGUCAACUUCACAGUCGAAGAGGUCCGCGCCUUGAUGGACAAGGCUACGAACGUUCGUAACAUGUCCGUCAUUGCUCACGUCGACCACGGAAAGUCUACUCUUACCGAUUCCCUUCUCUCAAAAGCCGGUAUCAUCUCUGCCGCAAAGGCCGGUGAUGCUCGCGCAACCGAUACCCGUGCAGAUGAGCAGGAACGUGGUAUUACGAUCAAGUCCACUGCUAUCUCCCUGUACGGAAACCUGCCAGAUGAUGAGGAUCUCAAGGACAUUGUUGGCCAGAAGACCGACGGACGUGAUUUCUUGAUCAACUUGAUCGACUCUCCUGGUCACGUUGAUUUCUCCUCUGAAGUCACUGCUGCUCUCCGUGUCACUGAUGGUGCCCUUGUUGUCGUCGACACUAUUGAGGGUGUCUGUGUGCAAACUGAGACUGUGCUCCGUCAAGCUCUUGGUGAGCGUAUUAAGCCCGUUGUUAUCAUUAACAAGGUCGACCGUGCCCUUCUUGAGCUCCAGGUCUCCAAGGAAGAUCUCUACCAGUCUUUCUCAAGAACCAUCGAGUCCGUCAACGUCGUUAUCUCCACCUACUUCGACAAGACUCUGGGUGAUGUCCAGGUUUACCCAUACAAGGGCACCGUCGCUUUCGGUUCCGGUCUCCACGGAUGGGCUUUCACUGUCAGACAAUUCGCUCAACGAUAUGCCAAGAAGUUUGGUGUUGACAGAAAUAAGAUGAUGGAGCGUCUCUGGGGCGACAACUACUUCAACCCUCACACCAAGAAGUGGACCAACAAGGGAACCCACGAGGGCAAGCCUCUCGAGCGUGCCUUCAACCAAUUUAUCCUCGACCCCAUUUUCAGAAUCUUCGCUGCUGUCAUGAACUUCAAGAAGGAUGAAAUCCCAACCCUUCUCGAGAAGCUCAACAUCAAGCUUGCCCCAGAAGACAGGGAGAAGGAGGGCAAGCAAUUGCUUAAGGUUAUCAUGCGUACUUUCCUUCCUGCCGCUGACGCUCUUCUGGAGAUGCUGAUCUUGCACUUGCCAUCCCCCGUCACUGCUCAGAGAUAUCGUGCUGAGACUCUCUACGAGGGUCCCCCUGAUGACGAGGCCUGCAUUGGUAUCCGGGAGUGUGACCCCAAGGCUCCUCUCAUGUUGUACGUCUCCAAGAUGGUGCCAACCUCUGAUAAGGGUCGUUUCUACGCUUUCGGUCGUGUCUUCGCUGGUACCGUCCGAUCUGGUCUCAAGGUCCGCAUCCAGGGCCCCAACUACACCCCUGGCAAGAAGGACGAUCUCUUCAUCAAGGCUAUCCAGCGUACCGUUCUCAUGAUGGGUGGCAAGGUCGACCCAAUCGAUGAUGUCCCAGCUGGUAACAUUCUUGGAUUGGUCGGUAUUGAUCAAUUCUUGUUGAAGUCCGGUACCCUCACUACCAGUGAGACCGCCCACAACUUGAAGGUUAUGAAGUUCUCCGUUUCGCCCGUUGUGCAACGAUCCGUUGAGGUCAAGAACGCCCAAGAUCUUCCCAAGCUCGUUGAAGGUCUCAAGCGUCUCUCAAAAUCCGACCCUUGCGUGUUGACCUUCAUCUCUGAGUCUGGUGAGCACGUCGUUGCUGGUGCCGGUGAGUUGCACUUGGAAAUUUGCUUGAAGGAUCUCGAGGAAGAUCACGCUGGUGUUCCCCUCCGUAUCUCCGACCCUGUCGUCUCUUACCGUGAGACUGUUACCGGAAAGUCAAGUAUGACUGCCCUGUCGAAGUCGCCCAACAAGCACAACCGUCUGUACAUGGUUGCCGAGCCUCUUGACGAGGAGGUUUCAAAGGAGAUUGAGGCUGGCAAGAUCGGUCCCCGUGAUGAUUUCAAGGCCCGUGCCCGUAUCUUGGCUGACGAGCACGGAUGGGAUGUUACCGAUGCCCGAAAGAUUUGGUGCUUUGGUCCUGACACCAACGGUGCCAACUUGCUGGUUGACCAGACAAAGGCUGUUCAAUACUUGAACGAAAUCAAGGAUUCCGUCGUCUCCGGUUUCCAGUGGGCUACAAGAGAAGGUCCAAUUGCCGAAGAGCCAAUGCGAUCGAUCAGAUUCAACAUCCUGGAUGUUACCCUGCACGCUGAUGCUAUUCACCGUGGUGGUGGACAGGUCAUCCCCACUGCCCGUCGUGUCUUGUACGCCGCUACCCUUCUCGCCGAGCCAGGUCUUCUCGAGCCUGUCUUCUUGGUCGAGAUCCAAGUUCCCGAGAACGCCAUGGGUGGUGUCUACGGUGUCCUUACCCGAAGAAGAGGUCACGUCUUCAACGAGGAGCAACGACCAGGAACUCCUCUCUUCACCAUUAAGGCCUACCUCCCCGUCAUGGAGUCCUUCGGUUUCAACGCUGAUCUCCGCUCACAUACCUCUGGCCAGGCCUUCCCACAAUCCGUCUUCGACCACUGGCAGAUUCUUCCCGGUGGAUCACCAAUUGACGGAACCUCGAAGGUCGGUCAAGUUGUGCAGGAGAUGCGUAAGCGCAAGGGUCUCAAGGUUGAGGUUCCAGGUUACGAGAACUACUAUGACAAGCUGUAGAUGCAUCCUAUCUUUAUUGAUAGAUUUCCUCCUCAGCUCGG